UGCAAAUCGGAAUCCAGUUCCGGGUUGCUGGGGAAGUUUCAUUUCGGCAAAAUAUUUUGCAUAAAUUAUUCAACAGCAAGUAUUGCAAUUCAGACUAUGCCGAUCCAGAGACUUAUCCAGAAGUACCCAGCUCCUGGGCACAAAGAUGACAUGCCAUUACUUUUCCAUGAGCCCCACGUUGAGACUGGCUUUCGACACAUCCACCAACCAUGGCAUUACUACCUCCUUAGUCUCUUCCAACGACACAAUGAGUGUAUGAAUGCCUGGACACACCUCAUUGGCUGCAUUGUGGCAAUUUAUCGCAUCCACAAAAUAUCCUAUGAAUUUAAUGCUUACAAUGAUCCAUGGAUGUACCCGAUGCUUGCUGGCUCGAUUACCAUGAUUAUCAUGUAUUUCUGCAGUUUUGCCGCCCAUACUUUCCACAACAAGUCUGAGCUUUGGCAUUACACUUGCUUCUAUAUUGAUUACUCAGGCAUUGGUGUGUAUGGACUUGGAAGCACGAUCAUCCACUACUUUUAUUGCACCCAUCCAAAUUUAACCGAAUCUUUUAUCUACAAAAUGGCAGUUCCAGUUGGUGUUAUUUUAUCUAUAAACGUUUGCGCUUGCUGUAGCAUAUCCAAAACAUUGUAUUCCCGGCCUUACCCAUUUACAAGGAAGAUUUGGCAACUGUCUUCUGUUCUGGGAAUCUACCUGUGGUUAAACAUUCCAAUUUUUCAUCGAAUGUACAUGUACUAUUGUACAGAUAGAGUAGAUCCAGAAAAGUGGGACCAAAGCUUUGACGACCACACACAACAGAUGAUUUGGUUUGUAACAGCUGGGUUUUUCUUUGGCUCAGAUAUUCCGCAACGAUUCUUUCCAGGAAAGUUUGACUUUCUCUUUCACAGUCAUCAAAUCUUCCAUGUAUUCAUCAUGCUGAUGAACUUCAAGCAAAUAGAUGGCAUGUAUAGCGACAUUCAUCUACACCUUGAGCGAAUAAAGAAAGUUGAAGAUGUACCAACUUUCUGGAAUACAUUUGGAGCUGUUCUUCUUGCCAUCACUGCAAAUAUCAUAGUUGUGUUAUUUUUCCAAGAAAAGGCUAAGGCAAGACUAAAACGAGAAUCUGAGGAAAGAGCAAAGUAGUUUAUACUGGCAGAUAGCGCUGGGAAAUUGUAUGCCAUUCUGUUAAUGUAUCCCUAAAAUCUCUGUCUUAAUGAUCUGUUUAAGUAAGCAGGACUAACUGUUUAUGUGGGUUAAAUUGAAACAGCUUUGAAAAUACAUUUCAUGUUUAAUAACAUGUUGUUGUUUUUUGUUGUUGUUGUUGUUGUUUUUAAUUUUGAGAGGCACAAUCUUAUACAUAUUCUAUUUUAUAUUGACUUGUUUAGAUAUAUAUUUAAAUGCUGUUAAUCAAUAGAUGUGGUCUGUGAUCUUUUCUUUAGAUGUACAAGUGUUUGUCACAUGGAAAAUAAAACUGACAUUAAUUAUCAGUCCCUGAUUUCCAAUAUACAUUAAGCCUAACAGGUUUAAGGAUCAUAUUUUAUUGUUCCAAAUUGCUUCCUAAAACUUGAUUUUAUUAACCAAAACAUUGUUUAUCAAAUGAAUAUCUAUUGAAUAAGACUCAAAACUCUCUAAAAUGAUAUACUGGCCCCAAUUCAGCGUACAUUUCAGUCCCUUAAAAGUCUGGAAUAAGCUCAGCACAAUUUUUUUUUCAUUCAAAAGGAAAUUGUCUGAUUUUUAUCACAAUCAAAUUUUUUAAAUUGUUAAGUCUCGUUUAUAUAAAUGUAUUUCAAAGUGUAUUUUGAAUGCUUUCAGACUGCAAUUCUGUAGUUAACAAUCAUUUUUGUUGUUGAAUUGGAUUUUGAUUGGAUCCUUAAUAUUCAUGUUCCAAUGCAUUUUCAAUGAAUGUUUGUUAUUGUAUGUUCACUGACAUAUCAACAUUUCAUGAAUAGACUUUUAUUAUUGGAAACUUGUAAUCCACACUUUUCCCUUUAUACAGCACAAUUCAGCACAUCUAUCCAUUGCAAAUCAAGUCUUUUUAUUCACUAUAUUUUUUAAAUGUAAAGUCUGUGCCACUACACACCGCUUAUGAUUUGCAUUUAAAGUGAAAGUAGGAUAAUUUUUCACAACCUUGACCUUGUUAUUUGAAACGUUUUACUAGUUUGUGUUGUCGAAAUUUUAGUGCCAUGUAUUUUGAAAUGUUUGAAUAUUGCAUUUUCAAAUCUAAAACAGUAGCAUAAUAAAUGUGUAGAUUAGUUUGUUUGUCACCGCAUGGCGCAUGCAGAAAUCCUGGAAAACCCCAAUGUUUAUGAAUUCCUAAUAAUGUUUAUUAGCCAGGUUUUUACAUAUUGAAACCUGGUUAUAAGAAUGAUGAACGUCGUUGUUCGGGCGGGCAGGCGGCCGGCCGGCGUCCAACUCGCCUAUGAAACCGAAUAAUUUCGGUAAAGGUUGACAUAUCUUGACCAAACUUGGUCUAUAAGAACAGUUUAUGGAUACCUUUCAUGAGAUUGGGGUCCCUAGAGUCAAGGUCAAGGUCACUGUUACUAAAAAUAGAAGAAUGGUUGAAACUGAAUAACUUUAGUUUUGGUUGACAUAUCUUGACCCAACUUGGUAUAAAGGAAAGGUUUAUGGAUACCUUUCAUGGGAUUGCGUUUGGGGUUCCUAGGGUCAAGGUCACUGUUACUAAAAAAAGAAAAACAGUUGAAACUGAAUAACUUUAGUUAGGGUUGACAUAUCUUGACCCAACUUAGUAUAAAAGAAGAGUUUAUAGAUACCUUUCAUAGGAUUGCAUUUGGGGUGCCUAGGGUCAAGGUCAAGGUCACUGUAACUAAAAAUAGAAAAACAGUUGAAACUGAAUUACUUUAGUCAGGGUUCACAUAUGUUGACGAAAUUUGGUAUAAAGGAAGAGUGUAUGGAGACCUUUCAUGGGAUUGCAUUUGGGGCCAUAGGGUCAAGGUCACUGUUACUAAAAAUAAAAAAAAACAGUUGAAACUGAAUAACUUUAGUCAGGGUUAACAUAUCUUGACCAAACUUGGUAUAUAGGAAGAGUUUAUUGAUACUUUUCAUGAGGUUGCGUUUGGGGUUCCUAGGGUCAAGGUCACUGUUACUAAAAAUAGAAAAACAGUUGAAACUGAAUAACUUUAGUCAGGGUUCACAUAUCUUGACCAAACUUGGUAUAUAGGAAAAGUUUGUGAACAAGUUCCUUUAAAAUCAUUUUCAUUUCCCAGCAACAGAGUUUGAUGAUUUACUAAAAUCACCGAUGAUAACAAUAUCUAUAAUUAUGUGCCAUGACAAAGUAACAUAAUCAUCUUUAUUUAUUGAUUAAACUUUCCCUUUAAUGUUCAUUUCCCCACUUAUGCAUGCUUCCUGUCUUCUGUGUAUAUCCUCUAACCAAAUUGGCCUGUUCUUAUACAUGUAUAAACACAACACACAAUAAAUCAACUGAAUUAUAAUUCUCACAACACAGGCUGAAGUUCUUCUGUCAAUCAUUGAAAACCUGGUUUCAUCGCAUUGCGGCGUUUCUUGUUUAUGUUAGUAUUAUAGCUGAUAGUCACUUUUAGCUUGACUCAAAGAUUAAGGAGAGCUAUACUACUCACCUUAGCAAUGGCGUUGGCAUAGGCCUCACACCUUGGUUAAGGUUUUGCAUGUUAGCACCUUCAAGUUAUUAUCUCAGCAAGUACAUCACUUGUUGCAUUGAAACUUUAGAUAAGAGUUUCCAACUAUACAACCUACUUGUACUUAAUUAAUAAAGUAAGCUUACAUUGUUUUGAAUACAAUGCAAGUUAUGGGCCUUUAUUAUUUGACUCAGAAAUUCUGGCUCAUGUAAGCACACAUAGGUUACAUAAUCUCAGCAACUACUCGCAUUGAGAUUAAUACACUACUCAAUGAUCAAAACAUAUUUAAACAAAGGAUGUUUGUCAAACAUUAUGACCCCCCACCCCCCCUGAGCGCCAUGUUGUCAGGAUUAAUAUGGACAUUUGAAUGAAAUAUGCAUGGACCGAAAUGACAGCUGAUUUGUCACUGACAUUGGAUGCUGUUAAGGCAAUUUGAAGAAUAUGACCAUUCAAGUGUGAGGAUAGAGUGUGUUAUGACCAUGACCUUUGACCUCAAAAUCCAUAGGAGUCAGCUGGUCACCGAAACCUAAAAAAAACACUAUGACCUUGACCUUUGGCCCGAUGACCCCCAAAAACAGGGGUCAUCUACUGGUCAGGCCCAACCUCCAAGUCAAGUAUGAGGGCCAUAGGUGCAUACAUUGUCGAGUUAUCACUCAGACGACCUUUUACCAUUCAAAGUCACAGUGACCUUGACCUUUGGCCUGAUGACUCCCAAAAACAAUAGGGGUCAUCAACUGGUCAGGCCCAACUUACAUAUCAAGUUUGAUGACCAUAGGUCUAGGCAUUGUUGAGUUAUCACUUGGACAAGCUUUAAAAUUAUUUAACCAUUUAAGGUCACUGUGACCUUUGACCCUAAAAUCAAAAGGGGUCAUCUUCUGGUCAAGCCCAACCGUCAUGUCAAGUUUGAUGACCAUAUGUCAAGGAAUUGUAGAGUUAUCACUCGGACAAGCUUUGGUCUACCGACACACUGACCGACCGACCAACAUGUGCAAAGCAAUAUACCCCUCUUCUUCGAAGGGGGGGGGGCAUAAAACUCAAGUUGGAUAACUCUUUUUUUCAUAUAAUAUAAAUUAUAGCCCUUUAUUAUUCAACUUAGAAAUUCUGGUUAAGGUUUUGCAUGUUAUCUAAUUUUACCAAAGCUUUGCAAGCUUUGCAACCCUUGAAAGCGGUGAAUAGUCUAGUGCACUUUCUCUGUGAUACCUCUUGUUCUUUUCCAUACUUCUUUCCAAGCUUUACUUACUAUUACCUCAGAAAGAAAAAAUACACAGUUUAUUUUAAUGCAUUUAUUGUAAAAUGUGUAUCAUUCUUUUGGAUAAAAUAUAUAUAUAGAUAUAUAAUAUAUUUCUUUUUGUUAAAUUGGUGUAUAUAUAUAUAUAUAUAUAUAUGUGUACCAAUUUAACCAAAUAAGACUAAGAUUAAGCACUUAUCUGUGUUGAACCUGAGUUCUGACUCAAGGUGAUGCUGAAUAUAGAAUACUGAAUAUGAGCCCUGCUUUGUUUCGAAAAUUAAUUUUAAAUGAUACAGUGGUAUGGUGUCCUGUCAAUUGUUUGGGUACAUAUUUCUCUACUGAUGUACAUUAAUUUAUUUUAAUUAUGCACUUCAAGAACUGAUAAAGGUUAAAAAAAAGACUACAAGUUGAUUUCAUCCUUCUCUGUCUCAAGCUUAUCCUCAUUUAUGUUAAUUGAAACAAGUUGAGGGUAUACUGAGCCUGAAACCUUGAGUAUAAUGAGAACAAUAACCACAAGUGUUAGUUGUACCUUGAUAUAUCUGGUUUAUUUUAGAUCUGUUAUAUUGGUGUUGUUAGAUGAUUUAUGUUAUCUUUAUUGUACAUGACUGUUUAUGUUGUAAUGUGGUACUAAAUUGUUGAGUAAUUUAUGAGAUAUUGACCAAGUAAAUGUUUUUAGUGUAUAUUCAAUGCUACCAGGUUUAUACAUUUAUAAUUAUGUUAUCUACUACAAUAAAUGUAAUGAUUAAAUCAUAUUAAAACCACCCUUGAUAAUAACCUACUUGGUUUAUCAGAAGAAUAUAUUCAAUGUUCAUACGAAUUUCAUCACCUUUGCUCAAAAACUCAAGUUUUCUUACCUCUUUUUGUGAAGUCCAUCUUCUCACAAAUUUGUAAAUCAUUGACCAUUUAACAUAUCCUGUGAAAGUUUUAGAGCAAUAUUCCACUUUCAAAUAUUGUCUGUUUAAAAAUCAAAUAUUGUCUGUUUAAAAAUCAAAUAUUGUCUGUUUAAAAAAAAGUGUCUAAAUGUUGCCCUAAUGUUACGAGUGCACUUCCGAAGGUUUUGCAAUUACAUUUUUAGCUCGACUAUUCGAAGAAUAUGGAGAGCUAUACUACUCACCCAAGCGUCGGCGUAGGCGUCACCCCUUGGUUAAGGUCUUGCAUGUUAGCACACAUAGGUUAAUAUCUCAGCAACUACUUGAUGUAUUGCAUUGAGACUUUAUACAAUGGUAUUCAACCACCCAAACUCAUUGAAUAACAAAGUUAGAUAAUUGUAUUUUGCAAAUAAUGGCCCUUUAUUAUUACACUUAAAAAUUCUGGUUAAAAUUUUGCAUGUAAUCACAUUUAUGUUAAUAUCUCAGCACAUUAUGUAUUGCAUUGAAAUCUAAUCUAACAGUGAUCCAUGCAUUCGCCAAAACUUUUUAAUCGUUACACUGAAAAGAGGCGGAAUAGUCGAGCGCGCUGUCUCUGUGACAGCUCUUGUUAAAUAAAUCCUUAGGCAUGUAAAUUACAACAUGCAGUUUAUAUUUUAUGAUAAUAUUGAUAACAAAUGAAAUUAAGGUACAUUAAAAUAAUAACUCCAAAAUUAACAUGUAAUAAUUGAUAUAUAUCUGUUUAAAAUGUUCUUGCAUUAAAGUUUAGUAAGUGUAGAAACUACUUUUAAGAAAAUAAAUAAUUUUGAGUUUUAAAGCAUUUCAUCGCAUGUAGUUAUUUAAAGUUUUAAUCUUAUUUAUUAUACAACAAUUGUGAAACAUGUUACAUAACAUUAUAUUAAUCACACUCGUGAUGUAACACGAGAGUGUGGUAUUUUGUUGUGGUGGAAACAGGAUCCUGGAGGAAAUCCACUUGUCCGGCUUGGUGACCAUGCACCCAGGACAGGAAUCGAACCUGGGCCGCCUAGGUGAGAAGCGAGUGCACUUACCACUGCUCUUACCCAACAUCCAAGAUUACUGAAAGAAGUCCAAGAAAGAUAAUCAAGAAAAUAAGAAAAUCAGUUUUUUUGCCACUCCUGUACAAUUCGGAAAAUAAAUUGUUCUGAUUCUUAUUGGGCCAAGGUGAUGCUUUGUGCAAUGGUAUCAUGUGACUAGUGACUCCCUUCAUUGUUUGCGGUCAUGAAUAUAUUUAUAAGGGUGGUAUGGCGUCAUGUCAAUUGUUUGAUCACUUUAAUAUUAAAUAUACAGUAAGCUCAUUACCUGUAUAUUUAAUAUGUGCUGAGCAACCUAAACUGAUAUGGGCUUCAUUUUCUUCAUUAAUGUGAAUACAUUUUGGUAGGCUAGGAUGAUUUAGCCCGUAUCAUGGCAGAUUAUUCUUGCAAUCUUUGUGUGUCUAAAAUGUAAAAUAUAUCUUCUUUCAACUCAUUUAUUACUUUCAAUUAUUGUAUUGUAUAUAAAUUGAUCCUUAUUUGAACAUAUAGGAACAUCAUUUAUUAUAAAACAUCUAUUGCUUUGUCUUUGUAAGGAAUAAAUUAAAUUAAUUGAAACCUUAAACUUUCCCAUUUGUUCAUCAACUGGUUUAAAUUAAGGAACUGGUUGACAGGGCCUACAUACAUUAACAAUUAUUGUUUGUACUACAUAACACUGUAUUUUAAUGUCCUUUGAAGGUUUUUCAUGGACUUGUAUAGAUCAAACAUUGAGUGUAUCAUACGCUUAUAUAGAUCCAAUUCUUUAAUGAGUUUCAUACACUUAUAUUAUAAAUCCAAUCUCUGAAUGUGUUUCAUACCCUUGUAUAGAUCUAUGGUUUAUUGUGCUUCAUACACAUGUAUAGGUCCAAUCUCUGAAUGUGUUUCAUACACUUGUAUUGUAGAUCCCAUAGUUGAAUGUGUUUCAUACCCUUGUAUAGAUCUAUGGUUUAUUGUGCUUCAUACACAUGUAUAGGUCCAAUCUCUGAAUGUGUUUCAUACACUGGUAUUGUAGAUCCCAUAGUUGAAUGUGUUUCAUACCCUUGUAUAGAUCUAUGGUUUAUUGUGCUUCAUACACAUGUAUAGGUCCAAUCUCUGAAUGUGUUUCAUACACUGGUAUAGAUCUAUGGUUUAUUGUGCUUCAUACACAUGUAUAGGUCCAAUCUCUGAAUGUGUUUCAUACACUUGUAUAGAUCUAUGGUUUAUUGUGCUUCAUACACAUGUAUAGGUCCAAUCUCUGAAUGUGUUUCAUACACUGGUAUAGAUCUAUGGUUUAUUGUGCUUCAUACACAUGUAUAGGUCCAAUCUCUGAAUGUGUUUCAUACCCUUGUAUAGAUCUAUGGUUUAUUGUGCUUCAUACACUUGUAUAGGUCCAAUCUCUGAAUGUGUUUCAUACACUGGUAUUGUAGAUCCCAUAGUUGAAUGUGUGUCAUACCCUUGUAUAGAUCUAUGGUUUAUUGUGCUUCAUACACAUGUAUAGGUCCAAUCUCUGAAUGUGUUUCAUACACUGGUAUAGAUCUAUGGUUUAUUGUGCUUCAUACACAUGUAUAGGUCCAAUCUCUGAAUGUGUUUCAUACACUUGUAUUGUAGAUCCCAUAGUUGAAUGUGUUUCAUACCCUUGUAUAGAUCUAUGGUUUAUUGUGCUUCAUACACAUGUAUAGGUCCAAUCUCUGAAUGUGUUUCAUACACUUGUAUUGUAGAUCCCAUAGUUGAAUGUGUUUCAUACCCUUGUAUAGAUCUAUGGUUUAUUGUGCUUCAUACACAUGUAUAGGUCCAAUCUCUGAAUGUGUUUCAUACACUGGUAUUGUAGAUCCCAUAGUUGAAUGUGUUUCAUACCCUUGUAUAGAUCUAUGGUUUAUUGUGCUUCAUACACAUGUAUAGGUCCAAUCUCUGAAUGUGUUUCAUACACUGGUAUUGUAGAUCCCAUAGUUGAAUGUGUUUCAUACCCUUUUAUAGAUCUAUGGUUUAUUGUGCUUCAUACACAUGUAUAGGUCCAAUCUCUGAAUGUGUUUCAUACACUGGUAUUGUAGAUCCCAUAGUUGAAUGUGUUUCAUACCCUUGUAUAGAUCUAUGGUUUAUUGUGCUUCAUACACAUGUAUAGGUCCAAUCUCUGAAUGUGUUUCAUACACUGGUAUUGUAGAUCCCAUAGUUGAAUGUGUUUCAUACACUUUUAUAGGUCCAAUCUUUGAAGGUGUUUCAUACACUUGUAUAGGUCCAAUCUUUGAAUGUGUUUCAUACACUUGUAUUAUAGAUCCAACGUUGAAUGUGCUACAUAUGCUUGUACAGGUUUUAUCUUUGAAUGUGUUUCAUACACUUGUAUGGGUCCAACGUUGAAUGUGUUACAUAUGCUUGUACAGGUUCUAUCUUUGAAUGUGUUUCAUACACUUGUAUGAGUCCAACGUUGAAUGUGUUACAUAUGCUUGUACAGGUUCUAUCUUUGAAUGUGUUUCAUACACUUGUAUGAGUCCAACGUUGAAUGUGUUACAUAUGCUUGUACAGGUUCUAUCUUUGAAUGUGUUUCAUACACUUGUAUGGGUCCAACGUUGAAUGUGUUACAUAUGCUUGUACAGGUUCUAUCUUUGAAUGUGUUUCAUACACUUGUGCAGAUCCAAUAUUGAAAAUUUGUGCAAUUGAUGCGUUUGUGAUCUCUAUUGUUUUCAUGAACUUAUAGUUAUUGUUUAUUUAUUUCAUCUUUAGCUCAACUUUUGGAAGAAUAAGGAGAGCUAUACUACUCAACCUAGUGUCACUGUCGACGUCACUCUGUCGCUUCACACUUUUGUUAAGGUUUUGCAUGUAAGCACCUUCCAAGUCAUUAUCUCAGGAAAUGCAUCAUGUAUUGCAUUGAAAUUAAGAUAUGAGUCCCCAAUUAUCCAACCUAAUUAGUUAUUCAUGUAAAAUAACUCUAUCUUGCAUAUAAUGCAAAUUAUUGCCCUUUAGUAUUGGUCUGAAAUUCUGGUUAUGGUUUUGCAUGAAACCACACAUAGGUUAAUAUGUCAGCAACUGCUUGAUGUACUGCAUUGGAAAUUUAUACAAAGGUACUCAACCAUCUAUCCUACAUGUACUUGAAUAAUUAAGUUUGGUCACCCUGUUUUGCAUAGAGUGCAUAUUAUGGUCCUUUAUUAUUUUAUUAAUAUCCUGGUUAAAGUUGUGCAUGUUACCACAUUUAAGUCAAUAUCUCAGCAAAUGCAUAUGUAUUGCAUUGACACUUUAUAUAAAGGCUCCCAACCAUCCAACCUUCUUAAAUAACCAAGUAAGAUAACUCAAUCUUGCAUAUAAUAUGAAUUUUUCCCCUUUCUUGUUUGAAUCAGAAAUUCUGGUUAAUGUUUUGCAUGAAAGCACAUAUAAAACUUUGCGACUACUUCAUGUAUUGCUUUGAAACUUUAUACAAUUAUGUAUGAUAACUCUAUCUUGCAUAUUAUGCAAAUUUUGCCCCUUUAUAUAUUUAACUGGUCAAGACUUUACAUUUUAUCUCAUUUUACAGUGAUCCAUGCACGUUUCACUAAAGCUUAAAAUCCUUAAAAAUAAAAGCAGAAAGUCGAGCCCUAUUACAACUCUUGUUUUGUUGUUGUUGUUUUUUAUACUUUUUUUACUUUUUAUUUGCUGAAGUUUGUUUAAUAUUAACAAUUUACAAUGUUAUUGUUAUAGCACAAAUGUACAUGUAGGUCAUAUUUGUUUUGAUAUGCAGUAAAUACAUUACACAGUUAUACCUUA